GCUACAUAGUAAACACCGCCAAAAAGAGAAGAGUGUCGGGUCAGUGAUGAAGUUAACCCGAUUAUUUCGUGACUCAUCUUUAGUCGUGAUUCUAAUUCUUCGUUGUUUGUAAACAAGAGCAUUGAAAAUUUGAAAUGAGUGAGUGCUGUUGUUCAAUUGUAAUUCCAAAUCUUCAGAUUCCAUCAUUUACCAAAAACCCUUUUCCCAUAGCUGAUUUCGGCCGCCGAAACCAUUUUUCACGGUGUUUCCCCGCAUCUCUUCCUUUCCCAAAUCCGUCGUCAAAGCUGCCACCUUUUCGAGUUUCUAGAACUAUCCAGGCCACGUCAGCUCACAUGGAAGUUGAACGAACUCAAGGGUCUGAGUCAAACAGCGCCUCAAUGAAGCUCUUGUUUGUGGAGAUGGGUGUCGGAUACGAUCAACACGGGCAGAAUAUAACGGCUGCAGCAAUGAGGGCAUGCAGGGAUGCCAUUUCUUCUAAUUCAAUCCCAGCUUUCCGCAGAGGUUCCAUCCCUGGUGUCAAUUUCGAUCAGAUGAAAUUGCAGAUCAAGCUAGGUGUUCCUAAUUCUCUUCAGAGCUCUUUGGAUAUCGAGAAAGUCAAGUCUGUGUUUCCCUAUGGAAAAAUUUUGAAUGUUGAAGUGGUGGAUGGUGGAUUGAUAUGCUCAAGUGGGGUGCAUGUGGAAGAGAUGGGUGACAAGAAUGAUGAUUGUUACAUUGUCAAUGCUGCUGUAUAUGUAGGCUAUUAAUAAUAAAAGCUUUAUUAUCCUGUUUCUGGUGAACUUCUGAUUCUGAUAACUUUAUGUGUCUUCUCUGUAUAAUAAUACACCCAUAUUUUUAGUU